AUGUCCGAAAACGUCCACUUGAACUCGCAGUUUACGAAUUCGUCGGGAAUAUCGAACAAAAACGACGGCGAUGUGGUCAUACAGGACGAUUUAACGGAAAUGUUAUCCAUCGUCCCGGAGGACGUGCGCGAGAAGAUUUCGAAACACGCGCACAGGUCGAAACUUUUAGAGAUUGUUUUGGAUUUAGGACGGCAACCGGAGGCGAGGUUUAGCGGGAUGGAAGAUGUGAAGAAACAAAGCGAGACUUUGAGAGAUGAUGUGGUGACGCAGGAAGAGUUGGAUCACGCGGAACGAGUGGUUGGAGAGUUUGGUGGGGACAACCGCGCGGGCGUGACCGGGACGUUGCAUAGGAUUUCGUGCAUACGGAAUCGAAGCGGGAAGAUUAUUGGUUUGACCUGCCGAGUUGGUCGAGCGGUGACUGGGCACGUGGAUAUGAUUGCGGACGUGUUGAACAGAGACAAUGGUGAGUCUGUGUUGUUUCUCGGAAAACCAGGGGUUGGGAAAACAACCGUCAUUCGCGAGAUUGCGAGAGUGUUGUCGGACGAUUUGCAAAAACGGGUGGUGAUUAUCGACACGUCCAACGAGAUUGGUGGUGAUGGGGACAUUCCACACCCAGCUAUUGGAAGCGCACGACGGAUGCAAGUGCCGAAUCCAAGCGAACAACACAAGGUUAUGAUCGAAGCGGUGGAAAAUCACACGCCGGAGAUUAUUAUUGUCGAUGAAAUCGGCACGGAGAUGGAAGCUUUGGCGUGUCGAACGAUCGCGGAAAGAGGCGUGCAGUUGAUCGGUACCGCCCACGGACGACUUUUGGAAAAUUUAAUCAAAAACCCAACAUUAUCGGAUCUGGUUGGUGGCGUGACCACUGUGACGUUAGGCGACGACGAGGCGCGAUCUCGCGGGUGUCAGAAAACCAUCUCGGAAAGAGCGGCGCCGGCGACGUUUCCGAUCGUCGUCGAGAUGCACGCGAGGAGCAUGUGGGUCGAACACGACGUGGAGGUUUCCGUGGACGACAUUUUGGUCGGGAACAGACCAGUGGUGAAUUUAAGAACUCGGGACGAAGAGAAGCGAGUGCAAGUGUUUCCGUGCGUGUACGAUAUGGAUUUGGUCGCGAACGAAAGCUUGGAUGAGCAGGAAAGUAGUAGUAACGGCAACUUUCGCGCGAAUCCGCAACCCGGGUUCGCGGUGUCGAAAACGACCAGCGGUCGAGACGUGAGCGAGUUGACGCGAAUCGGAGAGUAUAAUAAUAAUAACAGUAGAAGCAAUAAUAACAGGCGAGGCGGCAGCAGCAAUAAUAGUAGGUACGGCGGCGGUACUUCCAUCGACGAUCCGUACGCUUGGGCGCAGAGUUUAGGACAAAUCCCCGACAAAGACGCGCUCAACGCCUUGCUGUUUGAGAAUAAUACAAUGAAUGGAAAGAAACAAAAGAAAAUAAAAAAGAAUUUGGGUGCAAGAUAA